ACGUCGCUGACGCAUGCGUCUGCUAUUGACUGUACUAAAAGAGUAUCACUAAGAAGUUGUAGUGGAAAUGCGUCAACGUGUUUGUAUUCACUCGCAGAAGAGUAUACUCACAAAGGCAACAUGGUCGACCAGGCGCAAGCCAAUUCUGAAAGCACAAAAACAAAGUAUACCUGGGCCUUAAGACUCAGGCAGCUGUUAUGGCCCAAUUAGACAGUUAUAGGGGGCCCCCUUGUUGCCUGAGAGGGAAGGGAUAAUGCAACUGCAAUUCACAGGUGGGCUCCCAUAUGCUCAGAAACGGCCCUGCCUGCCUGUGCAUUUACUGUAAGUGAUGGCCCUGUAUCUCAUCAGCAUAUUUUAUACCUGAAAACUAAAUUAAUUUAGUUAAAUUUAAAGUAACUCACCAUGUCCUUGGCAGUUUUUACAGUAGAUAAUAUUAAUCUGACUGCUGAGGCUGACUGCAUUGAAGUCUUAUACAGUAUAAGGCCUAAUAUGGAGCGGUGUUGUAUGAAGUCUCUGAAUAUCAAUACUAUUUGCCUUGAACAAAGCACUUAGUCUAAAAUAUUGUAGGGACACCUGGACAACUUGGCACCACCAUCACCACACAUACUGUACACGCAUGAGUGUAACUGUGAAUCAGAUCUGAAUUUUACAAUAAGGUUCCAUUUGUUAACAUUAGUUAAUAACAUAGUAAUCAUGAACUAACAGUGAACAAUACUUAUAAGGCAUUUAAUAAUCUUGGUUAAUGUUCAUUUCAACAUACAGUAUAGGAAUACAUUUUUAAAAUCAAAACUUGUAUUUGUUAACAUUAGUAAAUGCACUGUGAACUAACAUGAACUAGCAAUGAAAAUAGUAUUUUUAUUGACUAACAUUAACAAAGAUUAAUAAAUUAUGUCAAACAUAUAUUGUUAAUUGUUUAUGAUACCUAAUGAUUUAACCAAUGUUAACGAAUGGAACCUUAUUGUAAAGUGUUACCAAAAAUAUUUUGUUCUCCUUUCUAAUAAAUAUUUAUGUCUGACCUACUGUGUUGCCAGUCCCUCUUGAAAAAAAAAGAAGCUAUUUUAAAAGGUAAGAUGUUUUUAUUUUACCUAAUGAAUCCUUGGUUACUAUCCUGCGGUCAGACCAUGUUUUUUUCAUUCUCUUCUGGAAAAGGUGGAGUUUCCAAUUGCAAGAAUGAAAGACCCCUCUGUUUGCACCUUGGACAUCCGCCCUUCUCUUGGACGUGUCAUGUUAAGUGUAGGCAAAAACCUCACGCCUGGUCACAUUUGAGUCUAUAAAUCCCAAAAUCGACCGUUCAUCGAGGUCUUUCAAACUCUUUUUCUGGUAAGGUGCCAAAGAGCCUCUAGUCCAGUUAUGUCGAAGGGCUGACUUGUAUUUUGGACUCUCAAAUAUAAACCUACAAGUCUUGGACUACCACACACCUACGCACUCAGGAGUCAGAGAUGGACACUUGGGCUUUUUUAACCAUUCUGUUUGCCGUUACGCAUUAUGUUUCAGGACAGAGUGCCAUAAGGUGGUGCACUAUUUCCCCCUCGGAGGAGUCCAAAUGUAAAUCCAUGACUCAGGCCUUUACAAACGCCGCAAUUCGACCAACACUGCGCUGUGUUCUGGCCUCAUCUAAAGCCGAAUGUGCUCAAAAACUCACCAAAAAUGAAGUUGAUGCUUUUUCAGCCAAUGUUAAAGACAUAUAUAACAUUGCCAAGCAAGCUAGCUUCAAAAUCGCAGCUGGGGAGUCUGCAGCAGAUGGGAAGGGCAUAACCUACUAUGCUGUUGCUGUGGUUAAAAGGGCAAAUUCAGCCAUCAACAUCAACAAUCUAAAAGGAAAGAAGUCUUGUCACACUGGCAAGCACCACACAUUUGGCUGGACCGUCCCUGUUGGGUAUUUGAUUGACAGUGGAAGGAUGUCUGCUAUGGGGUGUGACAUCGCUCAAGGGGUUGCUGACUUCUUUAACGCCAGCUGUGUCCCGGGGGCUAAAGAUGACCCUGCGUCUCUGUGUCAGCUGUGUGCAGGAGAAGGAAAUUUUAAGUGUGAUGAAAACACCAAUGAGAAAUACUACUCAUAUGAUGGAGCAUUUAGGUGCAUGGUUGAGGGUGCAGGGGAUGUUGCCUUUGUGAAGCACACCACUGUAGGCGAGAACACUGAUGGUAAGGGAGACUCAUGGACUGAAGGCCUACACUUAGACGACUAUCAGCUCCUGUGUAGGGACGGCACCCGCAGUCCGGUCAAUGAUUAUGAGAGAUGCCAUCUGGCUCGUGUGCCAUCAAGAGGCAUUGUUGUCCACAAUGACAUCAGCAGUUCAGUGGUGUACAACAUGUUGCGUGAGGGACUGCAAAAGUCUGGGUUCUCCCUGUUCUCCUCAGCAGUCUUUGGUGGGACCGACCUGUUGUUCAGUGAUGCUUCAACAACAUUUAUUUCAGCAGGAAAUGAAAACUAUAUUGAGUGGAUGGGCCAAAGAUAUUAUGACAUAUUACGAGCUAUGGACUGCUCAGAGUCUGAUGUUCCCUCUCAUUUUACCUGGUGUGUCAUGUCUAAUGGAGAGCAGCAAAAAUGUGCAGACAUGGCUGUGGCAUUCAAAAGCAAAAAAUUAAUUCCUGAAAUUAAGUGUCACUAUGGUAAAUCUGUGGAGGAUUGUAUGCAGAAAAUUCAGAACAAGGAAGCUGAUGCCAUCACUCUUGAUGGAGGCUACAUCUACACAGCAGGGAAGAGUUUUGGGCUGAUACCUGCUGUUGGAGAGAGCUACACAGGAGGCACUGAUGGCAGCAUUUAUUAUGCUGUAGCUGUGCUGAGGAAAAGCAACAGAGACAUCCAGAGACUCAGUGACCUCAAGGGUAAGCGCUCUUGUCACACAGGUUAUGGCAGGACAGCAGGCUGGAACAUUCCCAUGGGUGUGCUCACAGAAAAAGACAUCAUCAGACCACAGAAAUGCCAACUGGCCCAAGCUGCUGGAGAGUUCUUUAAUUCAGCCUGUGUUCCUGGAGCCAAUCAGGAUGGUAUCCCCAGUAACCUGUGUGAGCAGUGCAUUGGAGACUCUAGUGGUCAGAACAAGUGUGACAAGGGCAAGGAUCUGUAUGACGGUUACAAUGGAGCGUUUAGGUGCCUCGUUGCAGGUCAUGGUGAUGUGGCCUUUGUCAAACAUUCCACUGUUUUCCAGAACACAGAUGGAAACAAUACAGAGCCUUGGGCGGUACACUUGGAAUCCCGUGAAUUUCAGCUGCUUUGCUCUCAGGAAUCUCGUGCUGAAGUCACUCAGUAUAGUAAGUGCAACCUGGCCCGUGUCCCCUCCCACGCUGUUAUGGUACGACCCGAUAUCAACCACCACAUCGUCUUUGGUCUUUUGGAUAAAGCUCAGAAAUUCUUUGGAGUUAAUACUGUCUCAGGAUUCAAGUUGUUUGACUCCAAAGCAUAUGAGGGAUCAGACCUGAUUUUCAAGGACUCUACCAUCUCUUUGAUUGGCGUGGGUGAGAAGAAGACUUACGAAGAGUGGCUUGGCCAAAGCUACCUGGAUGCGUUGAUAGCCAUGGAGUGCUCAGCAUCUUCAACAGUAUUUUCUUCAUCUUCACUAUUGCUGAUGAUCAUUGCGAGCUCCCUGGUGUCUCUGUUGGCUUUGUAGCAGGUCUGCCAGCCAUAAAUGGGGCCCUCUGUGAUGUCAUCUUUUCCUAACUCUGAGCAUUAUACCCAUUCCAAUAUCUUCAGCAUUUCUGUGACUUAAGUUAAAAUCAAGCUGCAAAUCCAAAUCUACAAUAUGCUUGUACCAUCUUCAAUUGUGGAAAUGCACAAAGCAACAAGUGUGGGCUAAAUUCUUUUUUUUUUAACAAAAAUCAUAACAGCUUGUUAUUUUGACUAUCUGUAUUAUUUCAACGACAGUCUGAUUGCUGUGGGCAAUAGCCAUAUCAGUGCAUAUGCUCUGCCUGUUACAUAUUUAUUGCACAAUGUUUAUUGCAGCUUUUAAAGGCUACAUUUCAUAAUUUUAUGAGCUACUUGAAGGCACAGGCCAUAUCAGUGAAUAUACUGUGUCUAGCACUUUUCUCUUUGGCAUUUGCCAUGUCAUAGCAUACAGUAUGCACUUAAGUUGUACUUCUGAGUGGAUUGGAUUUAAUUGAUUGUUUUCCUCUUGUAUUCUCCCCAGACUGAAAGCAGAAGGAAAUAUAAUUUGUUUAUAAAGUUGUUUACUGUUAAUUUCUUUAUUAUUAGUAGUAUUUCCUUUGCUUUUGUAUCCAUAAAAAUUAACCGCUUAUUUUGCUCAUACUUUUAAAAUAAAAAAUAACUGUUCCCCAAUCUGCUAAACAGUCACUGAGAUGGAACAAGACCAUGAAUUGUGAUGCACUCAGUAAAGCAUUGCAUUCAUACCUGGUGGAUUAUACUGUACAUCUGUCCAUUGCCCGCACAGUUUGUUCUGUUGCAACAUUGUCUAUUACAAACCCUUUGUUUCUGCAUUCAGUUAGUAUUGUUGCAAUGAAUCACAGUGACUAAACAGUGUUCUCAAUGUCAUACCAGGGUCUUAACAAGGGCCUUUUGUCCAAAACCCAGCGGAGUUCAAUGGUGUUCCAGCAGAGGAAUUAUACCUUGUUUAAUUUCUCACUGGACUACUGCUAUAGAUUAUUGAUUUUUCCUUCAGCUUGCUUUGUUUUCACCGCAGUGUGCACUUUUUGUGUCUGUUUUAUUACAGUAUGACUGUUUUCUUUAUAAUUGUAUGUGUUUCUAUGAGAUAUUUAUUUUUAUAUGUCAUACAGAUACCAUAUCAGUGUAUAUGUUCUGACACAUUAAUGUCCUUUAUUAAUACUUGCUUUUUUCUAUUUGUUGCAAUUUCUUCAAAUAAAUUAUGGAAAUGUAACAAAUAUUUAGUUGCCAGGCCUUCUAUGGACUUCUAUUCUUUUAAAUAA